GACAGAGUUUUGCUCUUGUUUACCCAGGCUGGAGUGCAAUGGCGCGACCUUGGCUCACCGCAACCUCUGCCUCUUGGGUUCAGGCAAUUCUCCUGCCUCAGCUUCCUGAGUAGCCGGGACUACAGGCAGGCGCCACCAUGCCCAGCUAAUUUUUUGUAUUUUUUUUUUAGUAGAGACGGGGUUUCACUACGUUGACCAGGAUGGUCUCGACCCUUGACCUCUUGAUCCACCCUUCUUGACCUCGUGAUCUAUCCGCCACCCAAAGUCAAACCGUCCCUUUAAAGGAAUGCAUGACCAGAGGCUUGCGUUUAAAUCUUGCACAAUUAAAAGAAAAGCUUUUUCUCUGAGCCAGCUGAUCUCAAGAAAUCUUGCACGAUUUUGAAGAUGCCCGUUUUCCAUCAGACCUGACCCUACGGGUGCACUUGGCGGGUCUUGGCUGAGCGAGGGUGGGGUGGACCAGGCUCCGGGAGGGCGCGCGGGGGGCCUGGCCUGGCCUGGCUGCAGCAUCCCCUGGCGGCGGCAGUGGGAGUGCAGCGAGGGAGGCGCCAGGAGGCUCCUACCCAGUCUGGCGUCACCCUUGGGUUCGUCCCCGGCCUGGGGCGAGCCCUUCUUCUGCUCGAAGUCCUUUAAUCGCUAAGGAGCUUUCCCAGACGCAGCCCUCGGCAGGCCUGCUGGCCUCUGAUCCAUGUCCCCUCUGCGGGGCGUUUGGGCACUGGAGGAGGCCUGGCGCCCACGGGCCUCCCGCAUCCGCCUCUGAGGAAGGAAGGCGGGUGGUGGGGCGGGGGCGCUGUUCCUCCCCGCGCCCUCGUCGUCCACGGGGUUGUUUCCAGAAGUUGGGGACUUCCGGGGUUGCGCUGUUGCACUGGGGCCCGUGGGCCACCAAGGGGUGUCGCUGAGCCCGCUACCCUACCCGGCGCGGCCCUUUAAACUUUGUUUUUUAAACUUCGAGGGUGUGGUUGCAGCGCCUCCCAUCUAGGCGGCUGGCUGUCCUUGCCUCUGCCCCGCCUUCCAGAUGCUUUGGAGUCAUGAGCCGGGAGGGCGCGGGGGCAGCUCUGGUGGCGGAGGUGAUCAAAGAUCGCCUUUGUUUUGCCAUUCUCUACAGCAGACCAAAGAGUGCAUCAAAUGUACAUUAUUUCAGCAUAGAUAAUGAACUUGAAUAUGAGAACUUCUACGCAGAUUUUGGACCACUCAAUCUGGCAAUGGUUUACAGAUAUUGUUGCAAGAUAAAUAAGAAAUUGAAGUCCAUUACAAUGUUAAGGAAGAAAAUUGUUCAUUUUACCGGUUCUGAUCAGAGAAAGCAAGCAAAUGCUGCCUUCCUUGUUGGAUGCUACAUGGUUAUAUAUUUGGGGAGAACUCCAGAAGAAGCAUAUAGAAUAUUAAUCUUUGGAGACACAUCCUAUAUUCCUUUCAGAGAUGCUGCCUAUGGAAGCUGCAAUUUCUACAUUACGCUUCUUGACUGUUUUCAUGCAGUAAAGAAGGCAAUGCAGUAUGGCUUCCUUAAUUUCAACUCAUUUAACCUUGAUGAAUAUGAACACUAUGAAAAAGCAGAAAAUGGAGAUUUAAAUUGGAUAAUACCAGACCGAUUUAUUGCCUUCUGUGGACCUCAUUCAAGAUCCAGACUUGAAAGUGGUUACCACCAACAUUCUCCCGAUACUUAUAUUCAAUAUUUUAAGAAUCACAAUGUUACUACCAUUAUUCGUCUGAAUAAAAGGAUGUAUGAUGCCAAACGCUUUACGGAUGCUGGCUUUGAUCACCAUGAUCUUUUCUUUGCGGAUGGUAGUACCCCUGCUGAUGCCAUUGUCAAAGAAUUUCUGGAUAUCUGUGAAAAUGCUGAGGGUGCCAUUGCAGUACAUUGUAAAGCUGGCCUUGGUCGCACGGGCACUCUAAUAGCCUGCUACAUCAUGAAGCAUUACAGGAUGACAGCAGCCGAGACCAUUGCGUGGGUCAGGAUCUGCAGACCUGGUUCAGUGAUUGGGCCUCAGCAGCAGUUUUUGGUGAUGAAGCAAACAAGCCUCUGGCUGGAAGGGGACUAUUUUCGUCAGAAGUUAAGGGGGCAGGAGAAUGGACAGCACGGAGCAGCCUUCUCCAGACUUCUCUCUGGUGUUGAUGAUAUUUCCAUAAAUGGGGUCAAGAAUCAAGACCAGCAAGAACCUGAACUGUACAGUGAUGAUGACGAAAUCAAUGGAGUGACACAAGGCGAUAGACUUCGGGCCCUGAAAAGCAGAAGACAAUCAAAAACAAACGCUAUUCCUCUCACAGUAAUUCUUCAAUCCAGUGUUCAGAGCUGUAAAACAUCUGAACCUAACAUUUCUGGCAGUGCAGGCAUUACUAAACGAACCACCAGAUCUGCUUCAAGGAAAAGCAGUGUUAAAAGUCUCUCCAUUUCAAGGACUAAAACAGUCUUGCGUUAAGUAAAAACCUGUGACCAGAGGUGAAGGAAGACUCUAGGAACUGAAAACUACGACAGAAAUUAGCACAAUUUGAAAACAAAACAAAAUUGCAGAAGCCUUAGUUGCUUUCCACCUAAGAAGUUGGUUCAAUGGAGAAAAUGUCCACUGGAGUUUCAAUAAUGAAUUUGGAGUUUGGGUGCAAAGGAAUGACUCAGAGGGGCCCAGCUCUCGAGCUUGACAACAAAAAUGCUGUUGUAAAUGUAGUCUCAGGUGUAAAUACCCAAGCCCUCUGGUACCCAGAGAGCUGGCCAGUCUGUGGUGCAUGUGUGUCCCUGUGAUGGCAAUCAUUGUAGUCGCUGGCCUUCAGAAGAACUGAGGAUCUGAUGGAGGUUUUUUUAAUGUGUGUGUUUUCUGUUCACCUUGUGACCCUGUGUCAAAAUUUAUAAAGUAGAAAAGGCAUUACUGAAAUGGUACUUUCUGUAAUUUGAUAGUAUCUGGCUUAAUCGUCUUCACUUGACUCUUUGUAAUACUGUUGUAAUGAGUACCCAAGCUGCUUGUCUUCCACCAAAGAGUGCUUUAUUAACAAGAAUCUGUGAAAACCACAUUUAAACACUGUUGCAUGUUGUAAUACCAGGUGGUACCUUGGUAACUCAAAACUUGCAAGAGAAUAUUAAUGGUAAAAGAAGACUCAGGAGGAGAAGCUGACUUCAGAGUUGGAAGAUGUUCCAGUCAUUCCUUUCUCUGUCUUUAAGGGACUGAAGAACUGCAAGGUUGCCCAUUGUUUGGUUGCCAGUCAUACAAAUUAACAUCAUAUUUCCUUCCAUGCCUGGAAAAAACACACUGUUGGUUUUUCCCCUUGGAAACCGCAAUUCCAAAUAAUGUUGGCUUAAAAGAAAAAAAGUUACCGCUUUUUUAGAGUCCUUCUCUGUAACAUUGGAAUUUUUUUCCUCCUGAGAUCAGCCAAAGGCCAUUGAUGUGGCCUGUGAUCUCAGUGACAGUGAUCUGCUUCUGGACCUCACUGUUGCCUUUGGUUAGGGAACACAACUAGUAACUCUGCAGAGUGCCUUCUCCCGCAGCCGUACUGAAACACAGCAGAGUCUGUGCCAUGAAGCAAUUACAGAAACAGAAUUGAUUUGCUGCUUUAAAAAAAAAAAAGAGGGACCCAAAUAAAAGAAUAUUUAGUACCCACCUCGGUUCCUUCCAUAAGAAGUGGGUGGUUUAAUGAUUGUUAACCCAUUUUUGCCUGUGCUGGGAGCAUGGAGGGCCAAGAGGUUGACAGGCAGUGGGAACCAAAUGCCCUCCUAAGCCACAAGGCAUGCACCAGAUCAGUAGGCAAUUCCAUUUUAAGAAGCUGCCCUUUUCACAAAACUGCAAGGAAUAAAAGCAGUUGGAAUGAACAGGUUAAACUCUUCAAUGCAAAAAGUAAUUGAAAGGCAGUGCCUCCAUUUUGGUAUACUUUAUCAGGAAGAAAGUAUGAAAUGGACCGGCAUCAGGGGAGACAGAAGAUGCCGUUGUCUUAGCCAAACAGGCGACUCUUUCCCCACCAGGCACUACGGGGUAGGGUCAGGCCAGCCUUUAAACCCUGGGGACUGGAUCACAGAAAAACAGUGGUGUUCUGUCCCUGGAAAUGAAUAGGCACAAAGACCCACUUGCCUGUGGGAAGACCACUCUUCAAUAAGACUUGGGUGGCGGAAGGAACAUUCCUUUUGCUCUUUUGAGCUAAGACAAUAUAAAUAUUAAACAGUGCCAUGCACAAAGCAUUGAAUUCUCAGGGCACCUCCUCUUCCCCUUCCCCUUUUUAAGCCAUCCCCUCCAUAAAUAAUAAUCCAGGUAGUUGUGAAAAUUGCGCUUCCUUCUGAACCCUUCUUAGUUUGGCUUUUCAUCCCGUCAGAACAAGUAAACAUGCAGCCGCCACAGCUCUUGUGAGUACUGUCUUCCUCCUGGUGAACAAGCCUUCUGGUGUUUUGUCCAAGAAAAGGAAGGGCGUCAGCGGAACCACAGUCCUUUUUCAUUUUAUAAACUGCUUCUUCAUGUCGCCUGCUCAAGUUUCCAGCUACAAUUUCUAUCACUGGCGCUUUGUAAAAAUCCUUCUAUUUAACUGGCUCACUGAAAUUAGUCAUAGGAAGUUUGUGAUUUGGUGAGGAAGCAUUCCUUGUAAUAACCAAAUGACUUGGGAUGGUUUUCAUAGCAACAGUGUUAUACUUACGGGGAUCACAUCUCUGGAAUCCAGGAAGUCUCUGGGUUUGAGGGAUGGAAAGUUCUUCCUGCUAUGAAUGAGAAUGGACUCUUCCCCUUACUCUGAACUGAAACCACAAACACCCAGAAUCUUCUGGGAUUCUGACUUAGAGUCCUUGUUAUAGAAGACAUUGUUGCUGUGGAAUAUGAAACUGUGUGUGUCAGAUGGAAAAAUUCCCUUAAGAGCCUUAAAUAGACCUGAAAGUACACCAGGACAGUUUGCAAAUGGAAUUAUAUAUAGAAGUGAGUAUUUUUAAGUGCCCUUGAAGCUUUCUGGGGACUCAAAAUUAUCAAGAGUCAGGCACAGUCCAGAGGAAGAGCGUCUGCAGCAAAACUGGGUUCCUAGAAGUAUGGAUGGAUGUCGCUUUUUGUAAACCUUGGCGGGGAGCAGCGCCUUGUGAGAACAGGUGGCCAGGCAUGGCCAAUGCUUCCUGGCAGCACGAGGCUCUGCCAGUCUCCAGAAUUCCCCCGUUCUGAGCUUGAUGCCCUUGGCCUGUCCCUCACCCACUUCCUUCCCUCCCCCUAGCCCUCUCACAAGGGUGAUUGCUACCUCUCUCUUUUCCUGGGCAGAGCAAAUUUUAGAGGAGUUCCCAAGCUUUGUCACGAGGCCUCGGCUUGUGCAUGGCCUGAGGGCUCUCCUGGGGCCUGCCCUCUUCCCAGUCACCCUCGGAGCCAUAGGAGCAGUGCACUCAUUGGAUGUCUGUUCUUAACAUAGCUCAACUGCUUCUCUUUCUACAUUUUAAAAAAUCGUUGUAUUUUAGAAAGCAGUGCUCAUCAAAAGCAACUUUUAAAACCUAUUUUAUCGUUCCUUUAAUAGUUAUCUCCCACUGAAACUGCCCUGGGGAGGCUAGCUGCUGCUCUUCCACUCUCCACAUCAGGGUAUUCUCCACAUCACUGAGUGGAGAUGACUCCGGAUGUAUUUAAAGACUGGACAAUUCACCUAUACUGUGUAGGAAAUUACCUCCUUAAUUACCUGGUAGAAUUGUUAGCAGACGUGUUCAUCCGAUGAUAGUACUGCAGUUUUCUAUUAAUAAUUUGCAGACUUUUAUCUAACCUGCACUCAUGUACAGAUUAUUAAAAGUUUUAAAAUGUAACUGAUCAGUAUUGAUCAAUCAUUGUCUUGAUUUUUUUUUACAAUGUAUAUUUCAAAUCAUAUUUUUUAAAGCCAAGAGAACUGGUUGAAUGAAUGUUUAUUUUCCUGAAGGUAUUUUUAAGAUAAAGCUUCCUAAUGGCCUGUAAACUUUGCAUAUAUAUGUAGUUUGAUACAUACUGUCACAUUUGAAAAUCUUGUGAGUUGUAACUGGUUUUAUACAAAAUAUCAAAUAAUGGAAAUUGUAUAAUUAUAAUCAUGUAAUUAAAAGUAUUAACC